AUGUCUCGUCCUCUCGCUGUCCCAAAUAGACCUCUUACAUGGCUCAUCACCGGCUGUUCAUCCGGGUUCGGACUAGCUCUCACAAGACUGGCGCAACAACACGGCCACGCUGUCAUUGCCACCUCACGCAAUCCCCAAAAGACACCCGACCUAGUGCGUGAAGUCCAGGAUGGGGGAGGGCGCUGGCUCUCGCUCGACGUCGACGAUCUAAACUCGGGAGACAUCAUCACGGACCUCGAGAAAGCUGGAAUCCAUAUCGAUGUGCUGGUCAACAAUGCUGGAUGGUCCAUUCAUGGCCCGGCAGAAGGUUUCACUGAAGAAGAGACGAGGUCGCAGAUGGAUACGGUCUUCUUUGGACCUUACCGGCUGAUGAGAGCGUUGGCUCCUCUCAUGAGGGAGCGAAGAAGUGGUAUUAUUGUGAAUAUCAGCUCUGGGGCUGGGUUGGAGGGGAGAGAGUCAAUGGGCGUUUAUGCUGCUGCGAAAGCUGCGAUGGAUGGAGUAAGUAAAGUCCUCGCAAAAGAAAUGACUCCGUUCGGCGUCCGUGUCUUAACAGUUGCACUUGGGUCGUUCGACACGAACAUGGGGCCGACAGUUAGGCUGGCGAGUAACCCUACGCCUUUUGACUACGAUGGUAGUGCUCUGGAUGCGAUUUUCAAAGUCAUGGUCGCAUCGGCAACAGAGGGCUUCCCCGCAGAUGGAGAUCAUUUGAAGGCGGCCAAGGUGAUAUAUGAUAUUGUCACUGGCACGGGAGUAGGAGCGGGUAAGGAGAGUGAGAGAAUGCUUCCUUUGGGAAGGGAUAUGGCGAAGAGAGUUGAUGAUGUUGUUGGAGGGUGGCAGAGAACCAUGGAGGUCUUUAGAGACAUAUGCAACAGCGUGUACUUGGAAAAGUGA